AGGGAGUUUCCCACAAGCCACGGACACAUAUGAUCAUACACACACCUGAGGUUACAAAGGACUCAAAAUCACGUUUAGGUGAUUGAAACAGGACUUCUGCACCAAUACAUUUUACAAGCUGUAGAGACAUGUGGUGGGUAUUGGUCCUGCUGCUAUCCCUGGCCAGUCGGGCUCAGUCUUUAGAAAAGCUCAACAUGUGUAUGGAUGCCAAGCACCACAAAAAAGAGCCUGGCGCCGAAGGACAACUCUAUCAACAGUGUGCUCCAUGGAAAGAUAAUGCCUGUUGUACAGCUAACACCAGUACGGAGGCCCAUGAUGAUAACUCCUAUCUGUACAACUUUAACUGGAACCACUGUGGUGUCAUGACCCCCAAAUGCAAGAAACACUUCAUCCAGGACACCUGCUUCUACGAGUGUUCACCUCACCUGGGGCCCUGGAUACAGCAGGUGGACCAGUCUUGGCGUAAGGAGCGGAUCCUAUACGUGCCUCUGUGUCAGGAGGACUGCCACAGCUGGUGGGACGACUGCAAAGAUGACUUCACCUGCAAACAGGACUGGCACUACGGCUGGGACUGGACCACAGGCCGUAACCGUUGUCCUGCUGAGGCUAGUUGUCGUAAGUGGACAGAUAUCUUCCCUACAGCCCAGAUAAUGUGUGAGAAGAUCUGGUCUGACUCCUACAGCUACACCAACCUGCCCAAGUCUUCUGGCCGCUGCAUGCAGCUGUGGUUCACCGGGAAGAACCCCAACGAGAAGGUGGCGGAAUACUACCUGAACCACGCCCCCUGGCAACGUGUUACCCCCACAACACUCCUCCUCCUGGCAACAAUGUCAUUAAGCGUUGUCCUGCUCUGAAUAAAACCACAGAUGUUCAUGUC